GGAAAGCCAGCUCCACUAGGUCCAUGUUCAGGGACGACGCUUGGCCGCAGUCCAGAGAGAUAAGUGCGAUUGGAUGAAUGUGUCCUUGUUUUUACUGCUUUCCCCCCUCUUUAUGAGUGCGUGAGGUGGGCAGGAUGCCUUCAUUUCCUCCGCCUCCUCAGUGCUGAUCUCUGGAUCAAUGGACAGCAGGCUCUGAGGCUAGAGGCAAGAAAACUUUCUCAACCAUUCACGGGAUGUAUAUUCAAUGAGACUCUGGUUUUUAUGGUGAAUGUCCUCUGGAAUAUAAACGCUGAACCUUUUACCUCUGCUUUGGAUUUAUCCAGUUUUUUUUUUUUUUUGUUAUUCAUUGCUGAUCCCCUCGAUACUUAAACAUGGCUCUUUUUGUACAAGGUCUCUGUAAACAAGUGGCCAACGGAGGGAUGGCUCAGUUCCAGGAAAUGAUGCGGCAGCAGCUGGAGAGCUCCAUGCACGCUGAGCUGGAGAAGCUGCUGGACACCACCACGGGGCCCGAGAGAGAGGUGUCCAAGAAAGACUUUGAGGGCUUCAAGAGUCUCUUCCACAGAUUCCUGCAGGUCAAGGGGCCGUCAGUGGAGUGGAUCAAGAUACAGAGACCUCCAGAGGAUUCUAUCCAGCCCUACGAUAAGAUCGCCGCUCGAGGCCUGCCGGACAACGUGGCCAACAGCCUGGACAAACUGGUGGUGGUGAAGCUGAACGGAGGUCUGGGCACCAGCAUGGGCUGCAAGGGCCCCAAGAGCCUGAUCAGCGUCCGCAACGAGAACACCUUUCUGGACCUCACUGUGCAGCAGAUAGAGCACCUGAACAAGACUUACAACACAGACGUCCCCCUGGUCCUCAUGAACUCUUUCAACACAGACGAAGACACAAAGAAAAUCCUGCAGAAGUACACACACCACCGGGUGAAGAUACACACCUUCAACCAGAGCAGGUACCCUCGAGUCAACAAGGAGUCGCUGCUCCCCGUCUCCACCAAUCUGAGCACGAGCGGGCAGAACUCGGACGGCUGGUACCCCCCCGGCCACGGCGACAUCUACGCCAGCUUCUACAACUCGGGCCUGCUGGACCAGCUGAUCGCGCAGGGCAAGGAGUACAUCUUCGUGUCCAACAUCGACAACCUGGGCGCCACGGUGGACCUGCACAUCCUGCACCACCUGGUCAGCCAGCCCAACGGCAAGCGCUGCGAGUUUGUCAUGGAGGUGACGGACAAGACGCGCGCCGACGUGAAGGGAGGCACGCUGAUCGAGUACGAGGGGAAGCUGCGCCUGCUGGAGAUCGCCCAGGUGCCCAAAGCCCACGUGGAUGAGUUCAAGUCGGUGUCGAAGUUCAAGAUCUUCAACACCAACAACCUGUGGAUCUCCCUGGCCGCGAUCAAGAGGCUGCAGGAGCAGCAGGCCAUGGACAUGGAGAUCAUCGUCAACCCGAAGACUCUGGACGGCGGGCAGAACGUCAUCCAGCUGGAGACGGCGGUGGGCGCCGCUAUCAAGUGCUUCGACAACGCGCUGGGGAUCAACGUCCCGCGCAGCCGCUUCCUGCCGGUGAAGACCACGUCGGACCUGCUGCUGGUCAUGUCCAACCUGUACAGCCUGGACGCCGGCUCCCUCACCAUGAGCCCCAAGAGGGAGUUCCCCACGACGCCGCACGUCAAGCUGGGCAGCUCCUUCACCAAGGUUCAGGAGUAUCUAACCCGCUUCGAGAGCAUCCCCGACAUGCUGGAGCUGGACCACCUGACCGUGUCCGGAGACGUCACCUUCGGCAAGAACGUCUCGCUCAAGGGCACCGUCAUCAUCAUCGCCAACCACGGCGACAGGAUCGAUAUUCCCGCCGGCUCCAUGCUGGAGAACAAAAUCGUCUCCGGCAACCUCCGCAUCCUGGACCACUGAGGCCUUCCCCCUCCCAGCCCUCUCUCCCCCAUCAUCAUCAUCAUCAUCAUCCUCAUCCUCAUUGUCUUCAUCUUGAUCAUAUGACUAGGCACCGCCCCCUCCUCCCCUCCUCCCCUCCUCCCAUCAUGUGACCUUUCAUGUUGGCCCCUUGCAGCAGUGCGGCUGUGGCGCCCCCUGCUGGAGAGUCUUUAACAGUGCAGAUGGGUUAAACCAGGGGUGUCAGACAUGAGGCCUGCGGGCCCAAAACCAGCACGGCACAGGUCCACGGCGGUCCAGCAGCAGGAGCAUCAGUUACAGCAGCAGUAGAGAACAUGAAGCAACACUGAGAGGGAAACACCGUCGAGAGUUUGACACCCCUGGAUUAAACAGAUUAAAUAACUGUAGUUAUUCAACGCUUUGGAUGAAAUGAGUAAUGUUAAUAUUAAUGAUGGUUAGUUUUAGGAGGAAAUCUAACAGUUUGUUCACGUUACUCACAUAGAGAACUAACAGAAGAGUUAGGAGACGAGAAUCUCACAUGAACGUCACAUCACUGUCCACAUGGUUCCCAAGUUUCUCGCGCAGGUUGGUGUUCUGUUUUUCCCCACGUUUUGUAUUCGUGCACGGUUCACAGGAUCACCGUUUUUAAUUGAUCGGUAUCUGAGAUUACAGCUGAAUUGUGUUCGGCUGCUUCAGAUUUGAACCUGGGUCGUCUGAGCCUCUCGCUCCACCGUCUCCUCUGAUGGUUUCAUGUCUGUCCUCAUCAGAAGCGCUGUGGCAGUGGUCGUGGCUCAGGCUCGAUGGAUAGCGUUUCUGCAUCUUUAAUAAUCGAUAUAAGCUAAAAUAUCACCAUCUUCACUCAAACCAUGCAGACUGACUUUAACAUGCCGCCCAAAACUCAACCUCCUUGUGAAAGCUUUAAUUUACAACUGCAGAAAAGGUUCAAGUGCAGGUCGAGGUGGAAUCUGCUGCUGUGAAGUUUGUGGAACCGUGUGGCCUGAAGGGAAGUUAGUGAUUUUUCUGAACACUCCUCCAGUUCAUGCGUCCAGACGAACCGGGCCUGGACUCGCCGUGCGCAGCAGCCCGUGCCAUAGAGAACACGCCACCGCCUGGUGUCUUUUUCCUGUUUCACACUGUGAGGAUUCACAUCUGCGUUACCUGAAACCGUUUCAUCGGCCUUUUAACCCCGUGUGAAGUAGAACUCUUUUUUUUUCUUUUCUUUAUUUGUAUUCAGUAUGUUGUGUGGCGCCUCUGAGGUGUCCAGUCCAUCCCAGUGUCUUUAUUCCGAGCAAACAGGAAGUGCAGCUCUUUCUUGCAGUGUUGGUCCAUACACACACACACACACACACACACACAUACAGCCACAACCUGUACACAGAGUCUCAGCGUGGGAAUACUUGAGAAGGGUCCGACUGAGGCGGACCGAGAGCCUGAAAGCAAUAAGUGUCGAUGUGUGACGGUGACGAGGUCUCAGCCCGGCUCUGCCUCCUCAGAGCUGAAAUAAAAGUGCAAUAUGAAACACGA